AUGAAACUGAUUGCUCUAUGAAUCCUGGUGGCUAUUGCUAGCUGCAUGAUCGAGUGAGAAGAUAAAGAGAGUAGAGUUACAGACUUGAAGAAUUUUAACCAUAGUUAUCCAUUCCCUUGCUCUUACUCCGGACUCAUUACCACAAAUCCUGAGAUUAAUGGAAAUAUUUUCUAUUGGUUCUUCCCUACCAUGAACCAAGGGAAGGAUACCAAGCUGGUACUCUGGUUUAGUGGAGGUCCAGGCGGUUCUGGGAUAGGCUCAAUGCAUGAUGAGAAUGGCCCAAUCAAGUUCAGACUCAAUGAUGGAGAGUUAGAACUGUAUUCGGAUAUUGAAAACUCAUUUACAGAUAUCGCCAAUGUUAUCUAUAUUGAUCAACCAUAUGGAGUUGGUUACAGUUAUUCUGAUUCUGAUGUGACCAAUGGAAAACAAGUUGGUCAGGUCAUGCUGACCUUCAUGCAAAAGUUUUAUGAAAUCUACCCUGAACAAAAGAAACUAGACCUUAUCAUAGCAGGCAAUAGCUACGCUGGACAUUUUAUGCCAAGUGCUGUUAAUGAAAUUUUAGAUUUUAAUAAAGAUGCUAGUGCAGAUGAUAAAAUUCCGAUGUACGGAUUACUAGUUGAAGAUGGAUACGUUGAUCCCAUCACCCAGAGGCUUUCGAUUAAACAACUAGCUCUAGGAACUGGACUUUUGACUCUCGAUUUAGUCAAAGAGUAUGAAGCUUUGGAGAACAAGUGUGAGCAAAGCAUCUUCCUUGACCCAGAAAAUGCUUUCUCAAAAUGCAAAGCGAUGAAUUCCUUACUGUCUGACACUGAUGGGAACUGGGAAAUAAUGGAUGUAAGAGACAAAGCUGGCGCUUUCAGUGUGCUCAACCUUGUUGAUGACUACUUCGAAGAUGAAACUGUUCAGAAACAAAUGAAUGUCGGAGAUUCUGGUAACAUUUCUUUCUCUCAUUUCAAUGGAACAGUCUAUAAUAAUAUGAAAUUUGAUGGCCUUGUUGAUGAUGUCCCUCUGUACGAAAAGAUAGUAGACUCAGGAGUCAAAACAAUAGUUUUCUCAGGAACUUUCGAUGGGCUUGAUGGCGUGUACGGCACUCAACUCUGGGUCCAAGAACUUGGAAUAACCAAGAACUUUGGUCAAGCAUCUCAGAAGAGUGUAUACCACUAUCCUAAAGCAGGAGAAAAUGAUAUUCAAAUUGGAGGUACUUAUAAAACAUUUGAGAGAAAUGCUUCAGGAAUCACUCAAAAAUUGUCAUAUGUGACUGUCUAUAAUGCUGGCCAUGUCUUGGGUAUUACUCAGUUCCCUGUCAGCAAAUCUUUACUCUCUGAUAUGAUAAGCGAAGGAAAAGCAAGGUGUCAUAAAGAAGAUAAUAAUUGUGAAACCGAAGGAAAUGUCUGCAUGAGAAUGAAUCAUUGUAAUAAUGCAGGCCAGUGUGUAAACUCUCGUUGUAAAUGUAACGAUGGUAUUUAUGGUGCAGAUUGUUCAAUUAACCCAACUCCUUUAAGAUAUGAGAGUUUACUUAAGCAUGGAAAUUAUAAAAACAUAUCUCUGUUCCCAAGAGAAUGGACUUAUUUCUCAAUCCCAGCUUUAGCUCCUUCUCUUCUUCUUGAGUUCCAAAGCCAAAAUGUUCAAGAAAUCUAUAUCUACCAAAAUGAAGGAUCAGCUCCAACACGUUCAGAGUUUUCUGCAUUUAAGAAAGGAGUUGAGUGUACUUUUGCAAUAGAUUCAUCUGAUUCUGAAAUAAUUCUUGCUGUUCAUAACCCGAGUAAGUCAAAGAUGACUCCGCUACUAUUCUCAACAAGGCCAGCUAGCCAAUUUGCUGCAACUUCAAGAUAA